AUGAGGAAUUACCGUUUGUUUAUAUAUUUUCUGUCCUGGAUGUUUGUCUCAAUACUUCUAUGCGUUUUAAAUGCUCUCAAUAUACACUGGGAAACUUCCGAUUUAGCCACAGGAAUUGCAGUGGUUGUUUUUGUAACCAUCCUGCAGGGCACUGUCAUAGAGAUUCCCCUUCAAACAAUCGCAACUUUGAUCAUUGGGGGACACAGACGAGAGGUUAAGACUGGGAACGGAAGCCGUCUCUCCGCCAUUAUCAAUUACAAUCUUUUAGCUCAUUCAAAGGAAGAUAUAGAGGAAUGUUUUAAGUGCAUGUAUGAUUCUUACAUGGGAAAUUUAUCUCCAACAAUUUCGGCUGUGUUAGUUAGUGCUACUUCGGGAAGGAGGCUACGAGAACACGAAUUCUAUAUGAGAGAUUUCUACAGGGUGCUAAUUUUUGAUGUUUUGUACACCGAAGGACUGUCAUUUUCGAGAGGGGAUUACAGACUAGUACAUCCAACGCGAUUAGAACACUUUUGGUCAUGGUAUAAUCAUAUAGAGAAGUCUUAUUUUGUAAAUGACAUUCUACGAAAACUUUGUGAUACGCGAUGUGACGAGUUUAUGUUGAUUCAAAGAAACAGUCGCGUGUUAAAAAAGUGUGGUCAAUACCAGGACCUUAUGCUCCUGUCCAAGGGUGAACGUUUAGCCUUUACAUACUGUGAUCCGUCCUAUUACGGAAGAUUUGCCCGAACCGAAGGUGAACCUCUCUUCCUUCCAAACAAAGACGUUGAUAACAUAUGUGGAAGGAAAUUUGACUUCACUGUUGUAGCUGAUGGUGACACGGGAAUACCUUUCGGAAUUGUAUUUACACUGUUAGAUGUUGCAGAAGCGAACCCCGAUCGUGGAAUAAUCCAACCUUCAGUGACAAUGGAAUGUCAGUCCCCAACAGAGGACACUGUGUUUAUGUACUUGGAGAACGCACGGCACACUCUUUACGAACCUAUGACCAAUGCUAUUAAUGCACUUUUAAACAGGUGUUCUUUUUACGGCAAAGGUCUUAUCCGUAACUCCAUGUACAUAGACAGGGUGAUCGGACGAAGGGAUGAACUGAUCGAGCUUGUCCCUAUUGAUAUUCUUAGUCACGAUACUUAUGAAGCUACGGUCAUGAAUCCAUUGUAUGUCAGUGCAGUUGCAUUCUCAGAGCAACCACCCCUAAACUACAUAGCAUGGAACAUUCGGGAGCGGCGCUGGAAUAGAGGGGAGAUUCUAAAUGCAAUGUAUUUCUGGGAGUGGGUUAUUGGAGUUCCUAUGAGAGGACUACAGCGAAUAUUUCGGCGGAAGGAGUACGUGAAAACCAAGAGAAGGACUACACUUCAUUACGACCUUGUGUCUUCUUAUGUUGCACAUUCACCAUUGCGUCAGAUGUUGAUGAAGCCGUUUCUCCUAGUCUAUAUUCUAAUCCACGUGAAUCUAAACCUCAGGUAUCAGUGGGCUCCAGUCAUUGCCAUUCUGUUCCUUAUCAUUGUCUUUCCAAAGUUUGCAGUAUGCACAAGAUACAAUUUCAAAUUCGUUAUCGCUGAAACUUUUCUAUCCGUCAUGCAGUUUACACCGGAAGCUAUUGUAGGAUGUGUGCGCAUCGCCCGAGCUUUCCAAGCAAAUAUUUCUGCGCAUGUGCAUUGGGUUCCUUCGAGGCAAGUAGAAAGUGAAUUCCGGGAAUCCAACCCUUUUCUGAAGUCGUUUAUUCAUUUAGGAUUGUAUUCUGUGGUUGCCAUAGCCAUUGCUAUAACUGUUUACUUCAUCCGACCAGACGGGGUACUAGCAUACUUCCUUUUAUGUGCAGUGUUUCUACUUCCGCUAUUUGCCGGAUGUACAGCUGUUCGUUAUCAAACGCUGACAAAUCUGAAGUGCAGUUGUAGGUGUAGCAGAAACAUGCGAUAUUUCGGAAGGACUCAUGGGCGAGUUGACCCAGAAACUGACCUUUGGGUCACGAGACUGCCAGAUGUAUACACCCGCGGAUCAAAUGCUUCCUCUUAUACCACCACCACGGCGUCUUCUCUCCACUAA